AUGCAGGAAGAAUUUGAAAUGUUCAUGAUGGGAGAACUGACAUAUUUCCUUGGUCUACAAGUUAAGCAAACUAAAGAUGGAAUUUUCAUUCACCAAUCCAAAUAUUGCAAUGAUCUGCUAAAGAAAUUCAAAAUGCUGGACUACAAAGAGGCUUCAACUCCUAUGGCAACCAACUGUUACCUGGAUCUUGAUGAAGCCGGAAAGUUUCAAUCUUCACUUAAAGAAUCACAUCUGACAGUUGUAAAAAGAAUUUUAAAAUACCUCAAAGGAACCAAAAGUCUAGGACUAUGGUAUCCAAGUGGUACAAACAUUUUUCUAGAUGGUUACAAUGAUUAUGAUUUUGGAGGUUGCAAACUAGACAAAAAAAGAACCAGUGACACAUGUCACUUACUUGGAUCAUCCUUGAUCUCUUGGCAUUCAAAGAAGCAAGCUUGUGUGGUCUUAUCUACCACAGAAGCUGAGUACAUAGCAGCUGAAAGCUAUUGUGCACAAUCCCUUUGGAUCAAAAGUAGAGGAUUAUGGUAUAAAACUAGAGAACAUUCCUCUGAAAUGUGA